ACGUGCAAAAGGCGAGGAAGGAAGCGCGAGCGAGCGAGUGAAGUGAGGACUGAGGAGUUCGGAACUUGGGGGGAGCAAAUACAGUUGCAGAAAAUCAAGGAGUACAAGAUCUUCUGAUCUUCCGACGAACUGAAAACUCGCACUGCAGAUCAAAUCGAUCGAUCCAUUCACCGAAGAUGAAGGAGACGUCUACGAAGAACUUCAAUCCUCUAAUCACUUUCGAGCACAAGAGGGACGCCUAUGGAUUUGCAGUCAGACCUCAGCACUUGCAGAGAUAUCGAGAAUAUGCUAAUAUCUACAAGGUGGAGGAAGAGGAGAGGUCAGAUAGAUGGGAAGAUUUCCUAGAGAGGCAAGCAGAGUCUGCUCAACCGCCUUUAAAUGGCAUAUCUGAGGAGGGAGGCAAUGCAUUAUCACUUACUGAAGCAACUUUGCAGGAAGCAGAUACUGUUGUGGAGAAUGUGGAAGAAAUUGAUUCCAGUGGCAAAAUAUCUGCUGCUGAGAAUUCGGUUGAAAAUGUCCCAGAAAAAGAGGCUUUUGCCAAAAAGGAGACGAAAACCCACAAGGUUCAAAUUUGGGCACAGAUUAGAACAUCCCUUAUUUCCAUUGAAGAUAUGAUGAGUUUCCGUGUUAAGAAGAGGAAAAAUCUACCGAAGGAAGAGCAAGGAGUGGGAAAAAAAAAUCAUCUUUCAGCAAUUGAAGAGGCAAGACCCUCAAAAGGGACAUCGGAAGAGGACUCUGAGGAUGAGUUUUAUGAUGAUGAGUUCUAUGAUGUGGAAAGAUUAGAUCCAGUUCAAGACACCUCCUCAGUUGACAAUGUGAACCCAAGUAGUGGUGAUGAUACAGUGUCUCCGGAACCUUUCUUUCCUUGGAAAGAAGAGCUAGAAAGUUUAGUUCGUGGAGGAGUGCCAAUGGCACUCAGAGGAGAGCUAUGGCAAGCUUUUGUGGGUGUGAAGGCACGACGAGUGGAUGGAUACUACCAAGAUAUGCUGGCUACAGAAGUCAAUGCUCAACCUAACAAGGACUUUGUUAGUGCUUCCAAUAGCACUAGUAAAGGAUCAAAUACAGGCCAUUGUUGUGCUAAUGAAAAAUGGAAAGGGCAGAUUGAGAAGGAUUUGCCGCGGACUUUCCCUGGUCAUCCUGCUUUGGAUGAGGAUGGCAGAAAUGCUUUGAGGCGUCUACUUACUGCAUAUGCUCGACAUAACCCCUCUGUUGGCUACUGUCAGGCGAUGAAUUUCUUUGCUGGCCUGUUGCUACUUCUUAUGCCCGAGGAAAAUGCCUUUUGGGCUCUUGUGGGUAUAAUCGAUGAUUACUUUGAUGGCUAUUACUCAGAGGAAAUGAUUGAAUCUCAGGUGGACCAACUUGUUUUUGAGGACCUAGUGCGCGAGAAGUUUCCCAAAUUGGUUAAUCAUCUUGAUUACCUGGGAGUGCAGGUGGCAUGGGUUACUGGACCCUGGUUCCUUUCCAUUUUUGUAAAUAUGCUUCCUUGGGAAAGUGUUCUUCGAGUCUGGGAUGUGCUUUUGUUUGAAGGAAAUCGUGUUAUGCUCUUUCGGACAACUCUUGCUCUGAUGGAGUUAUAUGGUCCUGCAUUGGUUACAACUAAGGAUGCUGGAGAUGCUGUUACUUUGUUGCAGUCCCUAGCUGGCUCAACGUUUGACAGUAGCCAACUUGUUUUGACGGCUAGCAUGGGUUACCAAACCAUAAAUGAAGCUCGAUUGCAAGAGUUGAGAGAAAAACAUCGACCCUCUAUAAUAGCUGCGAUGGAGGAAAGGUCCAAAGGGAUUCGUGUCGGGAGAGAUUCCCGGGGUCUUGCAUCCAAACUAUACAGCUUCAAGCAUGAUCCUGGGUCAUUGAUAAAAGAAACAAAUGCGGCAGAAAGGUUUGGUGAUCUACAGACAAAUGGGGAUAUAUGUCCUCUUGAAUCAGGGUCGGUUAAUUUGGAUGAAAUGAUUAGCAGUUUAACAGGGGAUGCAGAUUCUCUUCCUGAUCUUCAAGAACAGGUAGUGUGGUUAAAGGUUGAAUUAUGCAGAUUGCUUGAGGAGAAGAGAUCCGCUAUCCUCAGGUUGGUAUUUUGAUUUGGUUGGAUAAUU